AAUAUGCAGAAGCAAGUUGAGGUCAGGAUGGACGAGAGCCACCUGGAGCCCAGAGUGGAAAACACAGAGAGCAUAUGUAGCUCACUGUGCAGCAAAAUCAUGAACAACAUGGUUCUUACCCUCACAAUCCUUGGUGUGUUUUUGGGUUCCAUUUCUGGAAUGCUGCUGCGGCACAUAUCCCCUCUCCCUCCCGAUGUUGUUAUUAUCAUCGCCUUCCCUGGGGAGAUCCUAAUGAGGAUGCUGAAGAUGCUUAUUCUGCCUCUUGUUGUUUCCAGUCUGGUCACAGGACUUGCCGGUUUGGAUGCCAAAUCUAGCGGCCGUCUGGGCACCCGGGCCAUGGUGUACUACAUGUCAACGACAGUGAUCGCAGCCAUCCUCGGGGUGAUCCUAGUGCUGCUCAUCCAUCCCGGGAACCCAAAGCUGAGGGCAAACAUGGGACAGGGGAGGAAGAAUGAUGAGGUGUCAAGCAUGGAUGCUUUCUUUGAUCUCAUCCGAAAUCUUUUCCCAGAAAACUUGGUGCAGGCUUGCUUUCAACAGAUCCAGACUGUAACCACCAAAGUACCUGUGCCCACUAACAGAACCAAAGCACCUCCACAGUUCACACUGAAGAGGUCGCUUCAGUUUAAGGGAGGGAUGAACGUCCUGGGUUUAAUUGGAUUCUUCGUUGCUUUCGGUGUUAUCAUGGGGAAAAUGGGAGAAAAGGCCAAGAUGAUGUUGGAGUUUUUCAAUGUCCUGAAUGAGAUUGUUAUGAGGCUCGUUGGCGCAAUUAUGUGGUACUCUCCUUUUGGUAUUGCAUGCCUCAUCUGUGGAAAGAUCAUCUCCAUCGCUGACUUGGAGGUGGUGGCCAGGCAGCUGGGAAUGUACAUGGUCACUGUGAUAGUGGGUCUCAUCAUCCACGGAGGAAUCUUCCUACCGCUGAUAUAUUUUAUAAUAGUGAAAGAAAACCCCUUCAAGUUCUUCAUGGGCAUAUUCCAAGCUUGGGUCACAGCUCUCGGGACAGCAUCCAGCGCCGGUACCCUGCCUGUCACAUUCAGGUGCCUUGAGGAGAACCUGGGCAUUGACAAGAGGGUGACACGCUUCGUCCUCCCAGUGGGCGCCACCAUCAACAUGGACGGCACAGCGCUCUAUGAGGCUGUGGCUGCCAUUUUCAUUGCUCAGAUGAACGGGAUUGCACUCGACUGGGGCCAGAUUAUUACCGUCAGUAUGACAGCCACUCUGGCCAGUGUUGGAGCAGCCAGUAUCCCCAGUGCUGGACUGGUGACCAUGCUUCUGAUCCUCACAGCAGUGGGUCUGCCCACUCAGGACAUCAGCCUGCUGGUGGCUGUGGACUGGCUGCUGGAUCGUUUCCGUACCUCAGUAAACGUGGUCGGGGACUCGUACGGAGCAGGCAUCGUGUACCACCUCUCCAAACAUGAGCUGGAUUCCUAUGACUCCCAGCAAACCCGGAUGGAGGACUUUGAGAUGUCAAAGUCACAAUCAUUUUAUGAAAAUAACACCAACCAGAAUGUAUAUGCUCACCACAACUCAAUCUUAAUAGACGACUGCAAGGUCACCAUGGGCAAAAAUGGGAAGACUGCAGAGUUCUCUCUUGUUGAGGAAGGACCGUGGAAAUGCGAGUAAAGCAGGUCCUGAUGCUGCUGCGCCUUACCCUGAGUUCCAACAGCUUUGAAUCUCUGCCGACACAAGUAGAAAACAACACCAUAAGAAAGAGAGGAAGAAUGUGAGUUAGUAAAUUCAACAAUACAGCAAGGACAGUCUCUCUAAGCUACCACCUGAGUAGCUAGCGGACCAAAUUACAACUGACUCAACAACUUGUAUAAAAUCUAAACAGAGACUGUAACAAAGAAAUACAUCUGAAGCCCUCAGUAAAGAAGAAUCACUUAUUCGGUUGACAAGACUCCUUAUGCGGUGCUGCUGCAAGCUUCCUGAUUUGUCAACAAAAGAAUUCUUCUACCAUGUGCAACUUUUUUUUUUCUUUUGUAUAAAAGCAUCUUGUUUGUAGCUUGAAGGGCAGAGAUGAUCUGUGGA